AUGCUGUGGGUAGACAAGUACCGCCCCAAGUCGCUGGAUGAAGUGGAGCUGUACCCGGAGCUGACGGGGGUGCUGAAGCGCCUUGCCGAGUCGCAGGACCUUCCGCACCUGCUGCUCUACGGCCCGUCAGGCACUGGGAAGAAGACGCGCGCCAUGUCGGUUCUCCACCACGUCUACGGUCCCGCCGUCUACUCCCUUCGGCUCGAGCACCGGUCUGUGCAGGUCACAGAGAGCAAGGUUGUCGAUAUCGCAACCCUGAGCUCUCCGCAUCAUAUUGACAUCAACCCGUCAGACGCCGGCAACUAUGAUCGGGUGAUUGUGAUGCAAAUGAUUCGAGAGAUUGCUCAGACUGCCUCGCUGCAGUCCAGCUCCUCCACCGGUGUGGGAUACAAGGUGGUGCUUCUCAAUGAGGUGGAUAAAAUGGGCAGAGCCGCGCAACACGCCCUGCGACGAACGAUGGAAAAGUACAUGUCAACGUGCCGGUUGGUCCUCAUCUGCAAUUCCACCUCGCGCCUCAUAGCACCACUGCGCUCACGCUGUUUGGCGGUCCGUGUCCCUUCGCACUCCAAGGAAAAUUUAAGCAAAGUCAUCCGGCAGGUGUGUGAGCGGGAGAACCGUCCACUGCCCUCCGCGGCGUUCAUGGCCACCGUGGCCCAGCGCUCCGAGGGAAACCUGCGCCGCGCCCUCUUGAUGGUGGAGGCAGCCGCCAUGACCAACGUUGAUUUCUCAGGGAAUGGCACGGACAUUCCGCAGCCGGACUGGCGGGUAUUUCUUGACGAAAUCACCAACGACAUUCUCUCGGAGCAGACUCCGAAGAAAUUGCAUGAAAUACGUGGAAAAUUCUACGAUCUCCUUGGUCAGUGCGUCUCUGGCGAGGUGAUUCUUCGCGUGGUUCUCGAGAAGCUAAUGUCGGCGGUCGAUCCCGCCCUUCGACGGCCCGUGAUUGCCCUCGCGGCACAGUACGACCACAACAUGAAGCUUGGCACAAAGUCCAUUGUACACCUGGAAGCGUUUGUCGCCGGCGUCAUGCAGCUUCUGAAGCAGGCAUAG